ACUCCUAAGCAUCAAUACUCAGCUUCAUUAUCCAAAACCAAUGGAGAUGGACUUCUUGGAAGUGAUCUGGCAAAGAACAACACUAACACAGCCCUGGCUAAAAACUAUUCCCAGCCCCCAAGGAUAAGACAGGAUGACACUCAAGUUGAACCUCAGUUCAGGACACGCUCGGUCGAAAGGUGUCAAGAGGGGUACGACAAUCGUGGCAUCUCCAUGGAAACGGGUGAAGAGGGGGGGAAUCUACCAAUGAAAAAAUUAUCACUAGCCAACCGAAUGGAUAAUCCAUUCUAUUCAGAACCAACCACCAAAGACCCUGACCGUUCC